AUGGAAGCGAUCUCUGAGGUGAAGAGGGCGGCUGCCAAAGCAGGCAGGAAGGGCUGUGGGACGGCCUUUGCUGCUGCCCUUGCCGCAGAGCUUUCCACGGUGAGAAUCGACCGAGAAAAGGAGAGGGCUCAGCUGAAAGAACAGAACAGAAGGCUCCGCAUUCAGCUGCGAGACACCGCUGAAGCUGUUCAUGCUGCUGGAGAACUGCUCGUCAGAUUGAGAGAAGCUGAGGAAGCAUCUACACUAGAAAAGGAGAGGACUGCCGCGUUGUUGCAAGAGAACGAGAAGCUGAAGAAACAGCUAGAGAAGCUGAGGAAGAAGCACGAGAUGGAGCUGGAAACGAUGAAGGUGCACCUUGCAGAGAGCCGGCUGCCGGAGUCGGCUUUGGGUGCCUUCUACCACCACGAGAACGAGAGGACCCCGGAGUACUCGUGCGAUGCUCCAUUGACGCACGACGACGAUCAGUCUUGGCGGGCUGCGUUUGCUUCUGCGUACGAGUGA